AUGGCUACUGGAGUGGAUGAGAUACCAGCACAGCAUCCCCUCGUCGUCUCUCUCUCAGCCUGUUUGUCUCUGUCAGGUCUCUGCUGCUCUGUGCUGGGGGCCGCAGUUUCUACUCCAUGCAGAUCUGUGUAUAGGGGAUUUGCAGAGUGCUUAGUUACUCUGGGGGACAACAUGAGCAGUCAGCCAGACAAUGCUCAGGACAUCACCGCCAUCUGCAGAUCUUGGGACGACUUCCAGAUGUGUGUGAGCGGCGUGCUGUCCCGCUGCUCAGGUGAUGCUGCAGACAUCUGGGAAUCCUUGAGGGCGGAGUCUCGCAGGAUGCAACUCUCUGGCAACCUUUAUGAAUGGUGUGCCGGCCGCACUCAGGACGCCAUCAUGACCACUCCCCACACCUCAGACAGCACCAAUCAGGAGUCUUUAAAGGGGCACGCUGCUUACAUUGACCACACCCACUCUCUGCAGCUGCUAUUAGUUUGCAUCUCUCUUCUUUUGCUCCAAUAGGAGAUCCCUGCAGACCAAACUGGUUAGUGAUGACAACAAACCCCUAAAAUAAUACAUAUAACGUAAGAUAUUCAAGACAACAACUCGGUUUCACAACAUCUGAUCCUUAAUUGUAAUCUGUGGUAUGGAAUUUGGAUAUGCAGAAGCUGCUAAUUUUGACACUCAGUGUUGUUAGUCUUAAUUUAAUUGACUUUGGUUUUUGCUGUAGACAAUAGAAUAUCAUGUCAAACAUAUUUUAAGCCCCAGGGUAGGCAGUUCCUGCCAUCACACGUUGUGAGCCACACCCCCACAGAUUUACUGCUUUACAGCUAACAGUGCAGUGCACAAGGAUAGGCGUGUUCUCCCAGUUCAGUUCUGUUGUGUGUUCAUGUUCUCUUUCACUCAGGUGCUGAGCCCACACCUGAUCAGAGCUCUGAUAGACUUUUUUAGGUUGAGUUAGUCAUGUUAUCUUUCCCCUUAGUCAGGUUACGUUAGUUUUAUUAGAUAGGAUAGCCUUUUUUAGUCUGCUCAUACAGCAUAACUCGUUUGUUAUAAAAUCUGUGUCUAAGGUUAUUUGUAAAAAUUACAGUAUUUCUCCAUUCUCAGUGUUCACUACUGUGUUUACAUUAUUUUGCUAAAUAAAGUGUGUUCAGUUGGAUUUUUCGAUUGCAGUUGCUUGUUUUUUUGACACUGACAAAAUAUUGUUGGUUCAGUCUGUCAGCUCAGACCAGAAAACUACAUCCCAAAUAUUACUUCACUUAGAAAAUGAGUUAGCAAAGAGCUAGCAAAGAGGAAAACGACAUGACUCUACUGUGUACACUAAAGCUGUCAGGCAUUCCCUCUAGCUGUUAUAACCUCCAGUGGAGCUCCAGUGCCACCCAUGUGCAGUGAGACAAGUCCAGACCGAGCUAUCCGUCAUUACCGACCAGUCCAGACCGAGCUAUCCGUCAUUACCGACCAGUCCAGACCGAGCUAUCCGUCAUUACCGACCAGUCCAGACCGAGCUAUCCGUCAUUACCGACCAGUCCAGACCGAGCUAUCCGUCAUUACCGACCAGUCCAGACCGAGCUAUCCGUCAUUACCGACCAGUCCAGACCGAGCUAUCCGUCAUUACCAACAUGUCCAGAACGAGCUAUCCGUCAUUACCGACAUGUCCAGAACGAGCUAUCCGUCAUUACCAACAUGUCCAGAA